AAAAAAAAAAAAAAAGAUCUGCAAAAACCGUUUAAAACCGUUUAAAACCGUUCGGGGUUUGAACAGUUUUUUGAUAUUCUUGUUCCUGCUCCUUUUUUUUUUUUCCCCACAGUUGCCAUGGCCGUAAAAACACUGGUUUCUUUGAAGUACUGCUGUCAUGUUUGUUCUAGGCAACUAAGCGAACCACGUUAUCUGCGCAGUCACCUCAUUACAGUGCACCAGAUUGACCUACCGAAAAUGCCCAGAGGAAGACAGCGUUUCGAAACGGAUCAAUACGCGUAUGUGCAAAAGGUCGGCAAUAAUGCACACGAAAACAUCAAUGAACACUUUGGUUGCCCUUCUUGCCUCAGUCACUACGACAACAUGGAUAAGUUACGACGUCAUAUUGAAAACGAGCAUUUGCAACAAAACACGAAAUGGUGAUCAACAACGACCAAAAAAACGACCACGCGAAAAAACAGUGCAUAUUGGCAUGAGCAACAGAAACAUUGUUACUUUUUCGUCAACGACUUAUUUGUAUGAACAAAAUACUCCCAAGUUUCCGCAAAAAUUCAUUGAUGACGUUCGACCGAUCGUUUCAAUUGACACAGCUCUCGCUGAGCAAUCGACGUUGGCAACCCUCAAUGCAUUCCAUCAUGCACGUUCGUUUCUCAUGGCUGCUUUGGACCAAGAUCAAGAACAAUUAGCUACAUGGUUGUGGACACAGAAACAACAUGAUAUAACAUCUCGAGAAGCCAAGUUACUGAAUAUGAUGAAAUUCAUUUUGAUCAACUUCGUCGACAACUGUACAGCAACACCAAUAUCAAUAUUGAACAACACUUCAACAGCACGAAAGGAUUACGAAAGAACAUGGUGGGUACGACGUGUGGUGCCACUGUUUCAAACGUUUGGGAAUCAAACGGGCCUGCUUAACUUUGAUUGGUGCGAAUGCGAAACGACUCACCACGCUCUGGAAGAAAUGGAUCUUACAAUUUGGGAAAAAGGUUCAUCACGCUUUGCAGAUGGAUUGGGAUACGAUUGGAACGCGAAUGAACGACUCGUGAUGGAAGGAUCGUGUGGCCAGCAUAGAGAAUCAGUAUCGAAAACUGUCGAUGACAGUAUUAAGCAACUCAGCAGCAUGAUUGCAAUGUUAAAGGGCAUCGCCAACAUCCAUCUUAAUGCUAGAUUUGACACCAUGCUACGAACAAAAAUAUUUGGCGUGCAAUCUAUCAAAACAUCCAUCGUCUUAUCAGAGGUUCAAUUUGAUGAGAAUGCAAAAUUCAGUUACCGUCAAGUGCGCAAGGCCGAAAUUCCCACCUCAUAUAAGCAAAGGAACAAAUGGCUGCGAGUCUUUGAAUUGCUGGCAUAUCUAUUUGUGGCAUUGGAUGAUCAAGUCGUCAAUAUGAAACAACUGGAUGAUGAAGAAGAUGGUGCAGUCAAUAUUCCACCUCAGGAUACAGUGCGUCACAAAUGCUUAUCAGUAUAGUCUUCGCGUAGUCUUCUCAAUUAGUAUCUCUGCAAUAAAAAAAAUGAAGUGCCUUUUUUUUUUUUUUUUUUUUUUUUU